AUGCCUGGCGUGGACCUUCUCGAUGCAUUCGCCGAACUCGUGGUGCGGGUCGUCUUCAGCCUGCCGCACACGGAACCGGAGAAGACGUCGAGCAGCGAUGAAGACGCGCCCUACGGUGCGAACAGCAGCGCCACGCAGAUCUUCUCUCGCGUGAACUCGCUCGAGGAUGAGCAGCAGCUGCAGCUCCUCAGCGACACACCGCUUUCGCACAUUGGCAUGGGCAACGGCAACGGCGCCGGCAACUCCGCUAUAAGGACAACCUCGUGCAGCAACUCCAUCAGCCGCGGCAGCAGCGCCGCCUCGCUCGACCUCUACCCCGGAGGUUUCUGGAACGCCCUGGCGCGGGCACCGGCGGCCGCGGCGGUGAAUGGCGCUAGGACAUCGCGCCCAAGCAGCGUCGUGUCGCUCGGCACCGCCGACAACCUCUCCACCCCACGCAGCGGCGCCGGCUUGUGGAAUCGACUUCUCGGCGGCAGCGGUCGCACACAGACCCCGCCGCACACCCCGUCCCUCAGCCCCGCACCGCACACCGGUCUGACGACCACAACGUCAAGCUUCGUUCAGCUGACGGAUGCGGAACUUGGCAUGGGCGCCGCGGCCAGCGGUGGCGGCGGCUACGGCAGCUUAGGUGCAGCGCAUAGCCCCGGGGGCGGCAACGGUAUGUGGGGCGGCUUCUCUCCCACGCCCAUCACGGCACACUCAAACGCCUCCACGCCGCUCCGCGACGCGUGCCAGCUGCUAUCCUCCUCCUCGUCCAACUCACAUCAGCACCCGCCGCCGCCGCCGCAGCAGCAGCAUCAGCAGCAGCUGAUGGGUUCUCAUGGCCUGCGCCUCGGUUGGAGUCCGACACGGAGCGGCAAUGGCAACGGCAGCCGCCCCUCGCAGCGCAGCUCCUCCAGCGAGUUCGACAUCCUGUAG